AUGUCCGCAGACACAUCAGAUCUGACAAAGGUCGAUUCUGCCAUUGCCGGCGUCGAUUCAACGGCCGCCAAGGAUGGAGCCAAGGAGACCAAGCGAAGAACAACAUCAAGUGCUCCUGGCGUGAUGAACAUCAAUGACCUUGAGAAAGAAGGAACAAAGAUUGCUGUCGCGCCUGACACCCAGAAGACCGGAUGGAAACUCAACACGUCGCCUUCCACGAUCGAAGAUUCCUCAAUCCUGAAAAAGCCACUCACAACUCCACCCGUCAAGAAGAUUGACCUUCACUUCCCACUGGGCCUUGAGGUCACUGCACGGAACCUGAAGGGUGUGACGAUAAAAGAUGCCCUGGAUGCCAUUCACAAGCAAUUCAAAAAGAAGGCUGAUGACGAGAUGGAAGAGCCAUAUCUGAAAGGCUUUGAAUGGGAUCCCGAAGAAUCGUGGACCAGACUCAAGGUUCACACUCAGAAAGAAGGUCUCCCAGCUGGCGGCAAGAAGUCCAAAAAGAAGGGUGGUGACGAGUGA